UGUAAUCACUCUGGCCUGCCUAAAAUUCAAAAUACCAACAAAAUACAAUACAGAAAACCUGGAGAUGCCGCCCAAGAUCCAGCACCGCGACGUGGCUGGACUCCUAAGCCGCGUCCGCAAUUUCUUCCUGGGACGCAAACACAAGACAGCGCUCCGGUUUGCAGACACUGUCUCUCCGCGUACCCAACCAGCCCCCGAUAUACCGCGGGGUCCAUCGCAGGGUCUGUUCGCCAACUACUACUACAUGAGAGAUCCUCGGGGUCAGCUGAAGCCGGUAGUCGACUUGAUGCAGGAGAAAAAGCCAGACCCGGACGCCAAGGAAAAAGCAGCAGAGGCUGCUGAAGAUGCCAAGCCCGACUGCGAUCAGGAGGAUCAGGAAGGAGCCGAUGGCAAAGGAAAGAAGCUUCCCACUCCCGGGAAGGUGCAUUCCUGGGAGGGCCCAUACUAAACACCUCUCUGAUUUAUGAUUUUUGUAUUAACAUUCCGUUGAAAUGAAUUAAAAUAAC